GCAGCAGCGGCUGACGCAUGAGACCGUAAUUCUCUUUUUCUUGGAAACCCCCCAUUUACUAUUGUGCUCGUCCAAUCGCUGGAUGUCUUCCGCUCAUUAAUCGUUUGCCUUGACGUUUCACUAUGCUGCUACUUCCAUCUAUCAAGUUUCCUUCUCCUCCUGUGGGCACCGAGGAGAUCGCAAUCUCGGCCAUGACUACACGUCCCAACACAGCGCACAAGCAGCGCCACUUGAAAUGACUGUUUGGGCUUUAGACUGCGUUAAGACACGAUCAAAAGAGAAUCCGCUGCGUAAGAGCACCGCGAUAGCGAUAGAUGAUGAAUGAAAAGCUGAUGGUCAACCAGGCUCCCACUUCAGCGAGGGCAUCGUCGUUUUUUAUCGAAAAUCUGCUGAGCAAGGGGCAGGAUGUACAGGAGUCGGUGCCCGAUAGAAGUCGAGGAGGGAUCUCCACCGAAACACAACUAAACGCAUAUCACACCGACACAAGCGCUUCAAUGCCCGACAUCAAUUCCAUAUCCCAGUCUCUAUACCGAGAAUCAUUGUUGCAGUGGUACCGCGAGGGGACUGCGUUCAACUUUACGGCUUUGGAAACACCACACAGUCCAAGAGACAGUACAAGUUCAGCAGAUCCAUGCUGUUCAAUAUCAACCAGCGACAGGGCUUCACCAGCUGUGUCUGAGCCGAUAACUGAGGACAGCGAAGAAACCGACAGAAAAAUGGGCGACAGCAACCUCACGGACGAUGUGGAGGACGUGCAGAACGCUUCUGACGCACGUACAGAACGAGACGCUUCAUGUGACCCAACUUUCGCCAGGAAAAAAAAGACCAGAACCGUGUUCAGUCGCAGUCAGGUAUUUCAGCUGGAGUCCACUUUCGAUGUGAAGCGGUAUCUGAGCAGCUCGGAGAGGGCCGGUUUGGCGGCCUCUCUUCACCUGACAGAGACUCAGGUCAAAAUCUGGUUUCAGAACCGGAGGAAUAAAUGGAAGAGACAACUGGCGGCUGAUUUAGAGGUUGCACAUAUCCCAAACUCUACCCAGCGGAUUGUCAGGGUCCCCAUUCUGUAUCGUGAGGGACCCACACCCACAGCAACGCUGGGUUUCAACUUAAACGGACAUCCAGUUUCUCCACCUGUAGCAGGUUUCUCCAGCUCCAUCAGCUAUCCUCUGUCGUCGUUUGCUCACUCAAUGACCAUUCUAAGAUCGCAGAUCACCGGACUGGUGUAAAGACUGACAUAUCAAACUGCUAAUAUGCUAAUAACACAAAAUCACCUCGUUAAUGUUAAUUGUGCAAUAACCUACAUCACCGAAAGUUGUCUGCAUUCAAAGACACGGGCCGGAGGGUCCAUAUAAGUAACGAACGCUCUUUAUAUUCAUGAGCCUCAGCAAGAGUGUGCGCUGUUGACAUUGUAAGAACUAUAAUACAGUCAAACAUAGCAAGGCCUCUGGGGCAGCUGAGUCCGAAGAUGAAUACUGUAUAUUCAAAUGCACACUUUUGUAUUUAAAGUCACACAUUUUUCCAACUGUCACUUUUUCACCUCAUGAAUAAAUAAUAAUAAAA